CCUGGCAUCCCUGUUCGAUCGACAAGUUUGAUAGCAACGAAAAAUCAAAUUGUUUUCUUUUUUCUCACUGGUUUUCUUUUAUUGCGUCUUCAAUGUUUUGAGUAUUAAAAAUAUAGUUCGUAAAAUAAACACUAAACAUCUAGUCACUUCAUUUAGAAUGCUACUGAUACAAUCCUUCAAAGUGUUAAAUUUAUCGGCAUCCAAGCUUUGCCGGCAGUCAAUUCGAUGUCUGUCCCAACAUUCAACUAACCGUACCGAUCCGUCUCAUAGCAAUGUUGAUCAACAAGAAGUGGAUAGGCUUAGCCAGCUGGCUGCAGAGUGGUGGGAUCCCGCUGGCCGCAUCAAACCUUUGCAUUCGAUGAAUGCCCUUCGUGUUCCACUGAUAAGAGAUGGACUCAUUGCAACAGGUUUCGUUCCGAAAGAGCAGAUCAAGUCGCCUCAGGUUCUGAAAGAUUUAAAUAUUUUGGAAGUCGGUUGCGGUGGUGGAAUUUUAACUGAAUCGUUGGCGAGAAUUCGCGCCAACGUUGUUGGGAUUGACCCCGGCGAGAAAUUAAUUCAAGUGGCACAAAAUCAUGCUCAAACAAUCGACCCAAACGUUGCCGGCAGAAUUCGGUACCUGGUAGAAACUAUAGAAGAGCAUUCGCCUAAAAAUGUUGGAAUAUACGACGCGGUUGUUGCGUCGGAAGUGCUAGAACAUGUAAAUGACAAAGUAUCCUUCAUUGAGCACUGUGUCAUGGCUCUGAAACCGGGUGGGUCCAUUUUUAUAACGACACUAAACAAAACCAAUGCUUCGUGGUUGGCAGGAAUUGUAGCUGCGGAAUACGUUUUGGAGCUGGUUCCAAAAAAUACGCAUGAUUGGGAAAAGUUCAUUUCACCGUUGGAAUUGAAGCGAAUUUUGAGCACCUUCAACUGUACUACGAUUCUAGAACACGGAAUGUUUUACGAGUUUUGGCGAAAUCAAUGGUCCUGGUGCAGUAGAACGGAUGUGAACUAUGCUUUGCAAGCAGUUAAGCAAGUUGAAGUAUAAAUUUUAAAAUUAUUUCAACAGAGCCGGUUAUAAACUUAUUACAUUAGUGUUGUAUCUUUUAUUUAA